AUGGCAACACAAGAAGAGAGCCAGGUUAAAGAAUGUAAAGAAUUCUUGCAGAAGUUUGAAAGAUGGGCAGAUCCGACCUGGGGCUUCUUCGUUUACGGCACCUAUACGCGCCCACAAGGCCAGGAAGUCUCAAUCGAAGAUACAGACAAGAAAAGCAGAGCAGAUACGACCGAUGAUGAUGCGCACUUCCAAGCAGUGAUCCGCAAAGUCUACGCCCACGCAACAGAUAACCUCCGUUACAGCAACCCAGCGCCAUACAAUCAACAAAUGAUAGACAUCUUACGUCUCGAUGCUGCUGCUUAUAUGCCUGGCGCGUCGCUUGACGUUGUCUGCAGGCAUUUCCGCCAGCAUUAUGCUCAAAAGGUCUUCCCGGAGACAAUGGGUGAACCUGGGCCUCCUGCAAUACAGGACGACAUUCCCGAUGAGGAGAAAUUGGGUCCAAAGUGGGCCUGGUGUAUAGUCAUCGAUGAUGAAGCUCUUGAGAGUCUGGAGAACGGCCCCGAACCCGUAGGAGAUGCGCCGCCGGAAGGCGUAAAUCCUCUCAAACUAGCAUACAAUGCUAAAGAAGCAUUUGUAAAGUUACUAUCUGGGAUGAAGACGACGAUGGAGGGGCCUGAGGUGAUCGCUGCGGCAGGUCGUCCAGGUAGUGGAUGUCCUACAACAGUGUGGAACGGAUGGCUCAAGUUUUCGCCUGUGGAUCUUAUGGGUGUCUGGAUUCAGGCGGAGAGCAACGUGACCGUUACACCAAGAUCAUCGACCAUCAUGAGCUACGGUGCACCUUUAAGCCCCUACAUACAGUUGCAUACACAACUCACGCCUGCUCAAAUCCGACUCAUCCAGUCCCACGAAGAUUUCGGCGAAGUACGCGUCCCAGUCAGCGAACUUAAUCUCUCAAACUUCCUGCGCAGCCAGAUCGAUCUUGAGGCUUCAUCGCAAGACACAGCGAUGGUAACGAAGCUUGUUGCCCGGUUGAGAGACGCAAAAGCUGGCGAUGAGGAUGACGGUGGCAAUGACGGUGGCCACAGCGUUCUGGCCCAUAUUCUGAGCUUCACAGUUCUCGGUCACGAAAGCGGGAAGCUGGUUCCAGAAGGCCGCAUGUUACUGUGGAAGUGGGCUAAGCCUCAAAGCCAGUAUCGGAAGACAGGCUUCUGGGGCCAUAGCUUGACACAGGUCCUGGUCGAUGCCGAAUGGAAUACUGGUAAAGAUGUCACGGUAUACGUGAAGGCUGUUGAGGAGGAGGAAUAUGAGAGAGUGUUGAAAGGUGAGAUGAAGAGUUAA